AUGAAAUUGGAAGAAGGAACAGUAGAAGUUUUGUUUAAUAAUCAAAAUGAACAUCCACUUUUUAAUAAGCCUGUUUUACAAGUACUUAUGUGUCAAAAAGUAAAUCAUAAAGAAGGUGAAAAACUUAGAUACAGAGCUUAUUUAUCUGAUGGUUUACAUUAUAUAAGAGCAGUUUUUGGUUCAGAAUUGACACCUCUCCUUGAGACAAAUCAGAUCGAAAAAUAUUCUUUAGUUAAACUUGAUAGUUUUAUUUUUAGACUUAUUAAGGGAAAUGCAUACAUUUACAUUUAUUCACUUGCAGGUUACGAAAAUUGUAAUGUAGAAAUUGGUAACCCAACGCCUAUAUAUUCGGAUGGAUCGAAUCGUACUGACACUAAUAAGCAAAAAGUUAAUGAAGAUGAGACACCUAAAAAAAGUAAGGUAGCUAAAUCAGUUGAAAAUAAGCAAACAGAAGAUCCAAAUAAGUAUACACAAAUAAAUUCAAUUAACCCUUUUUGUAACAAAUGGAUUAUAAAAGGGAGAAUUGUUCUUAAAAGUGAUAUCAGAAAAUUUUCGAAUAAAAAAGGCGAAGGAAAGCUUUUUAGUUUUGAAAUUGCGGACGAUUCUGGACAAAUAAAAGUAGUUGCUUUUUCAGAAUCAGUGGAUAUUUUUUAUCCAAUUAUCGAGAUAGGUCGGGUUUAUACUAUCCAGAAAGGAGAAAUAAAAAUGUCUAAAAAAACAUUUUCGAAUAAUAACAAUGAUUAUGAAAUACAACUUGAUGUUAACUCUGAAAUAAAAAAGGUUGAAGAUAACGAGACACCAAAGUUCUUUUUUAAUUUUGUAAAAAUUAAAGAUAUUACAUCAAGUAAUGCGCCUAUUGAUAUUGUUGGUAUAGUUAAAGAAGCUGGUGAAGCAGUUUCUUUUAUUGUUAAAGCUACACAAAAAGAGUCAUUACGUAGAAAUAUUACUUUGAUCGAUGAAACGGGAAGUAUUAGAGCUACUUUUUGGGGAGCAAAAGCCGAGGAAGAAAUUGAAGUUGAUUCUGUCUUAGCGAUAAAGAGUAUUAAAGUGUCUGAUUUUGGAGGAGUAAGUCUGUCAUCAAUUCAUACCUCGCAAAUUCAUAAGAAUCCAGAUAUUUCAGAAUCUCAUUCUUUGUUGGGUUGGUAUAACACCGAAGGUAAAAAUGUUAAAAUAGACUUGCCUGAACGAGAUCUUAAAAUUUUUAAUAUUAGUGAUGUAAAAAAUCAAGAAAUGCCUUAUUCGGCUGUACGUGCUACCUUAAUGUUUAUUAAAGAAGAUAAUCUUAUGUAUGACUCUUGCAAAGAAGAAAAUUGUACGAAAAAGGUUUAUAAAAAUGAAUUUGGUGAAUAUAGAUGUGAGAAAUGUGACAAAAAUUCUUAUGAGUGUACACAUAGAUAUCUUAUACAUGCUAAUAUUAGUGACUCUACUGGACAAUUGUGGGCUACUUUAUUUAAUGAUCAGGCGAUAUUACUUUUAGGAAUGUCUGCUUCAGAUUUUAGAGAGAUGGCUGAUAAUGAUCCAAAUCAGUCUCAAAUGUUUAUUAAAAAAUUUUUGUACAGAGAAUAUAUCAUCAAGCUUAGAUCUAGACAAGAUAAUUACAAUGAUGAAAUUAAGAUGAGACAUAAUAUUAGUGAAAUAAGAGAAGUUAAUUACAAAGAAGAAACGAAGAAGGAAAUUUUAUAUGUUGAAAAAUUGCUGAGAGAAAGCAAUUAA